AUGCGGGGAUCAAUAACCUACGCAGAGACAGUCCUCAAGCUGGUCGAUGCCGCGCAUAGGCUUCAAAUCUUCGAAGCCGACCUACAGCACGAAUUACUUCCUGCUUGGGAGGACGCUGGGCUACCCACCAUGUACACGAGGCUACCUUGGCCAGCCUCCUUUGUCGACCUCCGGUUCGCAUUCGGCGAUCAUAUUACAGACGGGGAGGACGGACAUAAAGCCAUCUAUGCCCUUCUUUGCGACUGUCUUUUUACGCGCCAGCUCGCAUUCCGCUUCGACGAGCUGUGCCCAUCGGUCACCACAGCGAUCGGCAACAUUGUUGAUUACGCAGGGGAGUGGGAAGAGCUGGAGCACGUUCAUUUCCAGGGGCGGGCUAAACUCUUCAUGGAAGAAGUCAAGAGACGACAGGGCGAGCGAAGGUAUCAGGACCAUGUCCACUAUCUCUUCCGCUUUGCGGAAACGCGUAUGUUGAUCCUUGAUACCACAGAUUUGAUGCUUGACCUCUUCCAAUACAUACCUACGUGGCCCAAGCUCGAAACUCUCCACUUCAACCGCAUCCCAAUAUCCGCUCCACCCUCACAUUUCGGCGCGCAGACUGUCUGCUCCCCUCUCCCCGUCCAGUCAAUGACUCCUGCACUCGCCUCCAAUCUGCGCGGCAGUCCCCACCUCCGACAUCUCUCCUUCGGUCCUUCCCUCGUCGGCGGACAGUCCUUCGACGACUUUGAUCGGCUGCGCGAGCUCGACGAAAACGGCCAGUCUACCGGAUUCGUCUAUUCGUAUCAUCACGGCGGCGCGGAGAUACUGCACAUGCGGCUCAACACAAAUUUCAUCCAACACACCGAUACGCCGAGCACGGCUCCUACAAAUGGCGCCGGUGAGGCAGUCGCGCCGCCCGCUGGGUCGUUCCAUUAUCAGGAUGCCGAGGAUGGGUGGCGGAUCAGGUCGUUCGUGGCGGGACCGGAAGCGGUGUGGCAGGACUGGACGGAUGUCAACGGCGGAGUAGUACCGCUGGAGGUGCUGGAGGAGAUGAGGGUGGCGGAGGGCAGGAAGGACACGGAGUGGCGAAAAAGAGGUGUAGAAGUGGGAGAGACAGGGUGGGCGGUGCUGCUGGCAUGGAUGGCGGGCCGAGAGGGAGAGGCUUAG